AUGACAAAAAGGAAGAGAAGUCCCUUCUCUUCAUCUCCUCCUUUCUUCUUCCCCAUUUUUCUACCGAAGAAAAAGACUCGAGAGAUGAUCGCCCUUAAAAACCUGCACACCUCCUUCUCCCCCGCCGACCCGCCCACCUUCCGUCACCCCAACCCCAAGAGGAAGCGCCCGACUCUCUCCCUGUGCAGAUGCAGGCACGACGGCCCGUCCUCCUCCGACCCCGCUCCUCCUCCCCCCCGGCCGGAGGGAGACGCCCGGAAGCAAGAGCUGCUGGCCCGGAUCGCGAUGCUCCAGGCGCAGAAGGUCCGGCUCACCGACUACCUGGACGAGCGGUCGGCCUACCUGGCCCAGUUCGGCGAGGAGGCCGGCGCCGAGUUCGACAAGAUCGGGGAGGACGCGCUCCGAGGCCUCGACGAAGCGGGUAACCGGAUAUUGGAGAACAUAGAGAGCCGAAUGCAAGCAUUUGAAGAAUCCAUGGAGGUCAACAGAAUGGAGAUCGAGGAGAGCGACAACAAGCUGGCGGAAUUCGAGGGACGGGUCGAGGCAGGCCGCAACGAGGGCCUCUUCUUCAAGAGCCUCGCCCAGAAGAAGCCGGUCGAGAAGGCGAAAGCCAAGGAGGAGGCCAAGAAGAUCCAGGACGUCACGAAACAGAGCGCCGGGUCGAGAACCCGAAGGAACAUCUACCUCGUGCUCAUCGGCAUCGUGGUCGCGGGCAUCGCCGAUUCCUUCAUCUCGUCCUCGUCCGAUUGGAGAAAAGUCGCGGUCCUCGGGGCGAUUCUAGUGGCUUUGAUCACUCAGUUCGCAUACGAGCAGGGGAUGCUGUCGGAAACAGAGCAGAUGGAGAAAGAGAGAUCCAGUCGAGAAGAUAAGUAAAUUUUUUCCGACCUUUUUGUCCCUCCACGAUCAAAAUGUACAUUCUUUUGCUCGUUCAUGACUCUUGCGAUAAACAGGAUGAUGCCAUAGUUUGGUUUUGAUUUGAUA